UUGCGGCAACAGUGUGUCUCCUGACGUUGGACAUUAGACAUCCUGAUGGUCUAACUUCCUGGCCCCGAUGUGUAAGAUGGGAUGAAAUGCAACAGUCUCGGGCAAGGACAAAUGCUGUCGAAGUGGUAUGGAGUCGCUUUCAAAAAGCCGUGGCAUUGCUGCUCUGUUUUCUCCGUGCAGCAAUGGCAGCGAUAUGGGCCUUUCUCCGUGAGAGAUAUAUACAGCACAAGCGGCACGUCGUUAUGAUUGAUUGGACUGAAUUGGAGUUUUGCCCAGCUGAAAUCCAGAGAGAUAGGGAAGCUGUGCUUUGUGCAGUGAAGCAAAAUUGGCAAGCCCUGGAGUUUGCCUGCGAGGAUUUGAGGGGUGACCGCGAAAUUGUGCAAGAAGCAGUUGAACAAGAUUGGAGAGCUUUGAGAUAUGCUAGUCGGGCCCUGCGAGCGGACAGAGAGCUUAUGGUGAUGGCCGUCGAAAAGUCCAAUGGAUGGGCCCUCGAAUUUGCUGCUGAAGAGUUGUACAGAGAUGAUCAGCUUCUUCGCGACGCUACAAGCAGGCUCAGUGGGCGGCUGGGCCUCCCAUCUCCGAUCAGCACUUUGGUGCCCAUUGACUCAGGUUCCAGUCCGGGUGCCGUUGACCCUUUGUCAUUGUUUGAGACUUCUUUGCCUCUAGCUGUGUUGCGAGCACGAAGACUUGAAGACGAUCCCGAGCCUCUCAACGCAGAAGAAGCUCAACAAGAACCAUCCGCAGAAAAUGCUCCUGAGCCAAGAAGUGAUGAAACCAACCAGAUCUUGUCUUCCAACAGCCUCGAUCCUGCUUCCAUGGUCCAUCCAGAUUCAGUGCCGCAAGUCAAUGAUUCUGAAACAGGGGACAUGGAUGGCCGUGCUGCAGUCAUGGAACCAGACUCAGUGCUGCAAGCCAAUGGUUCUGAAACAGGAGACACGGAUGGCCGUGCUGCAGUCAUGGAAUCAGACAGAGUGCCGCAAGCCAAUGGGUCUGAAACAGGGGACAUGGAUGGCCGUGCUGCAGUCAUGGAAUCAGACAGAGUGCCGCAAGCCAAUGGUUCUGAAACAGGGGACAUGGAUGGCCGUGCUGCAGUCAUGGAACCAGACUCAGUGCCGCAAGCCAAUGGUUCUGAAACAGGAGACACGGAUGGCCGUGCUGCAGUCAUGGAAUCAGACAGAGUGCCGCAAGCCAAUGGUUCUGAAACAGGGGACACGGAUGGCCGUGCUGCAGUCAUGGAAUCAGACAGAGUGCCGCAAGCCAAUGGUUCUGAAACAGGGGACAUGGAUGGCCGUGCUGCAGUCAUGGAACCAGACUCAGUGCCGCAAGCCAAUGGUUCUGAAACAGGAGACACGGAUGGCCGUGCUGCAGUCAUGGAAUCAGACAGAGUGCCGCAAGCCAAUGGUUCUGAAACAGGGGACACGGAUGGCCGUGCUGCAGUCAUGGAAUCAGACAGAGUGCCGCAAGCCAAUGGUUCUGAAACAGGGGACAUGGAUGGCCGUGCUGCAGUCAUGGAACCAGACUCAGUGCCCCAAGCCAGUGGUUCUGAAACAGGGGACAUGGAUGGCCGUGCUGCAGUAAUGGAACCAGACUCAGUGCCGCAAGCCAAUGGGUCUGAAACAGGGGACAUGGAUGGCCGUGCUGCAGUCAUGGAACCAGACUCAGUGCCGCAAGCCAAUGGUUCUGAAACAGGGGACAUGGAUGGCCGUGCUGCAGUCAUGGAACCAGACUCAGUGCCGCAAGCCAGUGGUUCUGAAACAGGGGACAUGGAUGGCCGUGCUGCAGUCAUGGAACCAGACUCAGUGCCGCAAGCCAAUGGUUCUGAAACAGGGGACAUGGAUGGCCGUGCUGCAGUCAUGGAACCAGACUCAGUGCCGCAAGCCAGUGGUUCUGAAACAGGGGACACGGAUGGCCGUGCUUCAAUCAUCGAGCAAGGUUGAGUGCCACAUGCAGAAGAAAGAUGGCCAUGCUUCCAUCAUCCAGCCAGAUUCAGUGCAGCAAGCCAAUGCCUCGGCAACAGGAGACAUUGACGCCCGUGCUUUAUGAUGGAACCACAAGGGAAUGCCUUCAAACAGGAGAUGUUUGUGGAUGUUGUACCCACAUUGAACCAGCAUACGUUGUCACAUCUAUUCUAUACCAGCAAGCAAUGCGCAAAGGAGACUGGGCUAACGGAUUGAGAGGUUCGCAGCUUUCUAGGUGCCGCAGUGGACAUGCCUCCUUCAAUGGCGCGAAGGGUGGACAUCUUGGAUUCUGCUUUGGUCUCUGUACAAAAACAUUCAUUCUCAAAUGUACGGCAGGGCAGAAAAUUGAGUGCAAAAAGUGCACUGAGUUCAUACAUGCCGACCACAAGUCGCUCCUUCAUGCAGUUUAAGCAGGGACGGAGUCUGACCGCAAAAGGAA